AUGGCGAUUUAUUGGAAUUAUUAUCCGAAGCCUGCACUCUUGUUAGUCGUGGCGCUGGCAGUCAUCGCAUGGGUGCACAUCAGCCGCUUCUUUAUCCGCCGUCAGUUGAUCUGCCGCUCUGGAUGCCAACCAGUGGCCAAAUCAUUCAAUAAGGAACCUUUCCUAGGACUCGAUACAUUACCCGAUACGAUCCGCGCUGUUACGCAGCAUCGAAUCCUUGGCAGAGGUUGCGAGCUCUUCCGUGAUUAUGGCAACACAUUUACAGUAAGAGAGCUAGGAAGACGCGCAAUCUUGACCAUAGAGCCAGAGAAUAUAAAGACAGUCCUUUCGCUUAAGUUCAAAGAUUACGGGAUCAGCUUUCGCCUUGCGCCUUUUAAGCCACUGCUAGGGGAGGGCAUCUUCGACACAGAUGGCGAACAUUGGGCCUCUUCGCGCGCCCUCAUUAGACCCAGUUUCGCCCGCGACCAGGUUGCCGACUUAACUUCGUUGGAAAAUCUGAUUCAGGACCUUUUUCUCCUACUGCCGCGUGACGGAAAAUCAGUGGUGGAUUUGCAGGAGCUCUUUUUUCGCUACACCGUUGAUUCAGCGACUGAAUUCUUGUUUGGAGAAUCAGUCGGUACUCUGAAAAAGACUCAGUCGGAGCCGAACUUUGCCCAGGCAUUUCAUUAUGCCCAAAGGGCUGUCAUAGUGCGGGCAAUGCUGGGCCCGCUUAAUAUGUUUUACUACGAUCGAAAAGCCAACGAGUGCAAUCGUAUUUGCCGCGAGUUUGUCGAGCAAUUCGUCGAUGAGGCAUUCCAUGCGGCCGAGAUCAAAACGGAAGAUCCAAAACAACUCAAUAAGAAGAAGCACCCGAAGCGUAUUUUUUCACACGAGCUGGCAUGGCGCACAUCGGAUAGGCGUCGUGUCCUAGAUGAACUGAUGAAUGUGUUGUUAGCUGGUCGUGAUACGACUGCUAGUCUUCUCAGCAAUCUAUUCUUCAUGCUGGCUAAGCACCCAGCGAUUUGGGCCAUGGUUCGCGAAGAAGUAGCUGUCUUACAGGGUAGGGCACCAACGUAUCAGGAGCUUCGCAGCCUCAAGUAUGUUCAAUGCUGCGUGAAUGAAUCGCUGCGUUUACAUCCAGUGGUACCACGUAAUGAGCGCGAGGCUGUACGAGAUACUGUCCUACCACUUGGGGGAGGUAAGGAUGGCCUCUCACCGGUUUUCGUGGCCAAGGGUACCCUGGUGUCCUACAAUAUAUACGCAAUGCAUCGACGCACAGACAUCUAUGGUCCAGAUGCAGGAGAAUUUCGUCCAGGGCGCUGGGCGAAUGGAAAGCUACAGCCACGCUGGGGAUAUCUACCAUUUAACGGGGGCCCCCGUAUUUGUAUAGGCCAGCGAUAUGCUUUGACCGAGGUUAGCUACGUUCUGGUCCGGAUGGCCCAGGAGUUCCGAGUCUUGGAGAGCCGGGAUCCAGGUCCAUGGGUAGAAUCACUGGCUCUAACCUUGAGCUCGCGAAAUGGAACCAAAGUGUGCCUCACGCCUGUCUGA